AUGAUAUGGAUUUUUAAUGAAUGGCAUUAACCUGGAUUAUUUAUUUUUUCUGGAUUUACCACUUUCACGAUACCUGGCAGGACUUAGAAUAAUUGGUAGUUCGUAAUAAUCAAACUGCACAAGUGGGCAUUUUGAGCCUGUUUCAUGUCUGUAUUAAUUCCAUCAGAACAAACUGACAAUAAAACUAUAUUUCUUGAUAUGGACAAUGACGAAUACGAUUCUUUACCAGAAGAAUGGCCUGUCAGAACUCAUAUGCUUGCUGGGGCCGCUGCUGGAAUUUUAGAACACGCCACCAUGUACCCAAUCGACUGUGUAAAGACUCAGAUGCAAAGUAUAGAGAAGGUCCGAUACAACAGUGUUUAUAAUGCUCUUUCAACAAUAUAUAUGAAAGAGGGUUAUCGGAGACUUCUAAGAGGAAUGAGUGCAAUGGUAUUCGGUGCUGGACCUGCUCAUGCGAUGUAUUUUGCUUGUUAUGAAAAAGUGAAACACCAUACAACAAUAUAUCUCAAUGGGAAAAAUAAAAAAAAUUCAAGUUUGGCUAACGGUUUGGCUGGUGCUUCUGCAACAAUAUUUCACGAUAUAGUUAUGAACCCGGCUGAAGUAAUCAAGCAAAGAAUGCAAAUGUAUAAAUCAAAACACAAAACUCCUAUUCAAUGUAUUAGUGCUACCUUGAGGACAGAGGGAAUCCGUGCAUUUUAUCGUUCGUUUCCAACUCAAUUACUAAUGAACAUACCCUUUCAAACCGUCCAUUUUGUUGUGUACGAGUAUACUCAGGAGAUGAUAAAUACGGACAGAACUUAUAACCCAAUAUCUCAUGUUUUGAGCGGAGCUGCAGCAGGAGCAUGUGCAGCUUUUGUAACAAAUCCAUUAGACGUUUGUCGUACUUUACUAAACACACAAGAAUUUAAUCAUAAUGGUUCACAGAAGAUGCUCGUAAGUGGAUUGCGAGAAGCCUUAGUCACAGUUUUUCGUACAGAUGGCUUGCGGACUUUUUUCAGAGGUGUUACAGCAAGGGUGUUAUAUCAAAUGCCAUCCACAGCUAUAUCAUGGUCUGUAUAUGAACUGUUUAAACAUUUACUUUAUGCGCAAUCUAAGCAAAACAAAGUGGAUAAUGAAUCAUCAAUUACCCAUCCAUCCUCACACCCUAGAGAUAUUUCCUUUCAGACUACACCAGUAUGUGCAUCUCCUACUCGUUCUGGAGCUGUAAUGACAACAUCUGCAAUACAAUACAAAGAGGCAUAAGUUCCCAAAUUUUAUUAUUGUAAGCUAUUAUCAAAAACUGUGAUGGGUGCAGAUUACUGUAUCCAUCGUCAGUGUGAUGCCAAAAUAAGCAAAACAAAUUUUUAUUCAAAUCUAUCCUAUCUAUCUGUUAAUAAGUUUCAGGCUUAUGCCUUCCUCGUAUAUAUUCUUUGUGCCAAAAUGUGUUGUAGAUGAGGUUUAUCGCAACAUAAUUAACAAAAAAUGCUCUGAUUGAGAGUAGCAAUAUCACGGGCAAAUGUAAAUCUUUGUGACGAUGUAGAAUGUGUUGGAGCUGGGAAUGUCGAAGUCUGAAUAGUUAGAGGACAUAAGUACUUGGGCUUGUAUUUGUUACAGUGUUGUCUAAUUCAAUAGAACAAUAAUGAUAUUUUAAUAUCCGUACUCUUGAAUGAAACUUAAAUAAAAAAUAUAUUUAAUUUUGAAAAUUGUUUAAAUUAGAUUUUUCAUCAUCCCAGAUUAUGCUAUUUUUGUAGCAUCGAAAUCAAUUUAUUGCAUUUCGCCCCAUUUUUUCUGCAAUCCAAAUCUGCACUGGUAGAACAGGUUUUCGAGUCGAACCAUUAGUUUAUUAGACAAAUUUAUGAAGACCGACUUACUGAACAUCUGAUUGGUGUUGUUCUGGAAUGUUUGUAUCCCACAAAGAGCAGUUGCUUUACAACUGCACUUGUAGUUAUGUUAUUUAAAUUGCCCUUAUUGAGUUCUGAUAUGUUGUUGUAUUGCUUUUGUUAUCGAUUCAAAAUGUUGUGCCUCCAAAAUAAAAAUAGUGGCCAUACAGAUGUGACUUAUAUCUCCCAUGUUAAACCUAAUAUUAAACUGGAGCCAUCCAUUCAUUGUAAAAUGAAAGUUUUUUUUUCUGUUGGGUAUGAUACUGCCAAUGUGUGUUUGUUUCAAACGGCAUGAGUAUGGACUGUGGGAAUAUAUUUGCCAUAAUGCUCAAAAUAUGAACAAACUCAUCCUGCUUAAACUCCAUUUCCCCUUAUUUUGCUUCUACAUCCAGGUGCUUUCCCACUGUGGGGUAUUUUUAACCAUGUUGCAUUUCAAAAUAAUUUGAGUGCUCACUUUCUCAAAAUAUUUAAUGGCGUUAUUGGGAUCAGUGUUCACAGCAAUUUUUCUAGAUUCACAUCUACGUUGUGGACAGGAUUGAAGUUCAUACCAGACAGAAUAUGCUAGAACUAAUACAUCGCAUUACUAGUGCAUGCCAAGAGGCAUAUUGUUUAUUUGCAGAAACAGGUAUAUAUAGAACAUAAUGUAGGCUCUUAAGAUUUGCAAGAAUUUGAUUUCCACAUAAAUGAUAGAACAAUGCGGCACAGUGGUCAUAUAAAACAAAUAGCAAUGAGACAAUAAUAAUAAACAUUACAGUGCCACAUAUGGUCGGUCCCUUUUUGCCAAAAAAAAUCAUGCAC